AUGGCUUCGGUACCGGACUGCAAGGGGGUGUCGGUGGUUUUGGAGCACUUCAUGGAAAUCGAGAAGCAGCUAAAGGAAAACGAUAUGAAGUUGGAUGAAGACGCCUUGCAGCAUUUGGAGGCAGUCGUUGAUGCUGUUAAAGAAUUGGAAGACAUUAGAAGGGCUACACGUGAGCUUCUGGAAGCGGAGACAAUCGAAAACAGCAAACUUCGAUACAAAGUCACGCAUCUGCCCGGAAUGAUAUCAAAGGAAAUAGAAGCUGCGGUCACAAGUGCUCGUGAGUCUGUCUCCUCAGAGAUGCUGCAGUUACAGAAUGAACUGAGAAGUAUAACCUUGGAACUGGAAAACACUGAGAAGAAGCAACUGGAUUUUGAGAAACAAAAUUCUUCUCUUGGGAUUCAAGGAAGAACACUUUGGGAUGAACAUGAAAAAGCAGUUGAUCUGCUCAACCAGCAGAUGGCAGACAAGGCCAAUCAAAGCAUGCGUGUGAACCAGACUCACAGCAAGCGGAAGGAGGCUGAAGAAGCUGUCAUUGAGUAUCAGCACAAAACUGAAGAUCUAGCUGAGGAUAUGGUCAUUGAAAGAAAACAAUUCACUGAAGAGAAGGAAAACCUAGAAACUCAGGUGUGUCUUGUCACACUAUAA